GCUUGGCUUGCGAGAAAGGGACAGCUCUGGUGCUGAUUUGCAGAGAGGGUCGGGAGCUAGUGAAAGAGCAUUUGGCAAGUAUAGUAUUAAUAGCAUUGUUACAGAAUCUUGGGAAGAGUAAAGACCGACAUCAUGAGACACGAAGCAACAGUGCAGAUGGCUGCUGCUCAAGACACUAAAUUUAGCCAGAAGGAGUCAUCUGAUCAGAACUUUGAUUACAUGUUCAAACUGUUAAUUAUUGGCAAUAGCAGCGUAGGAAAAACAUCUUUUCUUUUCCGUUAUGCUGACGAUGCCUUUACUUCUGCAUUUGUAAGCACCGUUGGCAUCGAUUUCAAAGUCAAAACUGUCUACAAGAACGAAAAAAGAAUUAAACUACAAAUAUGGGACACAGCAGGUCAAGAGAGGUACCGAACAAUUACAACAGCAUACUACCGAGGCGCAAUGGGAUUUCUUUUAAUGUACGACAUAACCAAUGAAGAAUCCUUCAAUGCUGUGCAGGACUGGUCCACCCAGAUCAAAACCUACUCCUGGGACAACGCACAGGUGAUACUGGCUGGUAACAAAUGUGACAUGGAAGAUGAAAGAGUCAUCUCCACUGAGAGGGGCAAGCAGUUAGCAGAACAGCUUGGAUUUGAAUUCUUUGAAACUAGCGCAAAGGACAACAUAAACGUUAAACAGACAUUUGAGCAGCUUGUGGACAUCAUCUGUGACAGGAUGUCAGAGAGUUUAGAAACCAACCCUGCUGUGACCGCUGGGAAACCGAACACAAAGCUAACAGAAAACCCUCCUCCGCUACAAGAACCUAACUGUGGCUGUUAGGAACUGCUAGCAGCUCAGAGGCAGUGGUAAUGUGUGCCGUUGCCAAGAUAUGAAAAUCCUUAGAUUUUAGUCUUUGAAAUUUUCAUUUAUCCAUAUCUUAAUAAACGAUAAAGAAAUAAAAGUUGUAUUUUGCUGUUAUGUACAGAGUACUGUUCUCUGGAAAUGUCUUGUUUUAGUGCACUUAAUGGAGCAAUCAACAAAACUACUCAAGCUGAUUGUACAUACACUAAGAAGUAUUUUUCAGUGGUAAUAUGUUGAUUUACAUAUAAAAAAAAAUCAUAUAUGUAUUUAUUGUUUUGACUAUGACAUCAGUAAAUAGGUAGACUACCAAAUUAUUUACCAGUUGGUGACGUUUGUCACUUACAGGCAGUGGUAAGUUUCAAAGUAAAGCCAAUAUAGAUAAGUUUAAUAAAUUUAGGUUACUCCAUUAACGUUCAUGGAAUACUGUAGUUUUCUGCACAAAAAAUAAUGGCCAAAUAAGUAACAAACCCAUAGAGGGGCGAGUGGGUUGUUUAAGGCCGUCCUCAUGAGUGAACUAAACACAGCACUCCAUGUACGUAUUCUCUUUAUAUAUCAAUAUAUGGGACAUACAUUAUUUUUUUUAAGCCUACAUUAAGCAGCUCAUUUUGAGAAAUGACUUUCCUUAUGUAAAGUCACAUACACUCAGUGAUGUUUGUCGUUGGAUAUGAAAGAAUGCAAGACAGAUUCCAAAUGAGAACCGAAAAAGGUUGUGCACUCUGUAGCUAGAUCUUGAAACACUUGUAUUAACACACGUGCACACACUUUCUUAUAUAUAUAUAUAUAUAUAUAUAUAUAUAUAUAUAUAUAUAUAUAUAUAUAUAUAUAUAUAUAUAAAUUCAGAGUUCUGGCAAACAGUCAAAUCUGCAAGAUAUACUUUGAUCUGCACGUUAACCUCAAUUUCCAAGUGUGUUGAGUAAACCAAAAGCAGACACAUAGGGCUCUACUUAACAAAACAAGUGCAGAGGGAGACGCACUUUUCUAAAAGGAAUACAACAAUUUUAACUGAUUAAAACUAACAUGUUUAGCAUGUUUCUUGCUAGUUUUAUAUCAUUCAAAUAGUUUUAUUACAGGUAAUUAGCCCUUGGGUUUGCUUGCCCCUAAUGUUAAUACAUGUUAGUAUGCUGCCUGGAUUGGAACAGCCUUGUUGGUCUGCAGUGUAUUGUGUGAUUCAGAUCAAGCAUCAGAAUGUGCUCGAGAAGCAAGCUCAGAUCUCCCAAUACAGGAGGUGCCAAAUAAUCAAAUCCCUCCCUGGGUGAAAGAUGUCUGUGUGUUCACAUAUACAAACUCCACCUGUUUGUAUAUUUGUAGCAGUUGUACCUAGUUCACCAGAAAAAAACUGAAUGAAUUCAGCAUAACUGUUCUUUUACAUUUUAAAAUGCACAGGCAAAUAUACCACAUGAUAAAUAACUUUCAUUUAUCAACAUUGACAAAAAAGCAGUGUGGGACUAUUUUCUGGCAACCGAAUGAUGUAUUAUAUAUUCUGCUGGAUCGAGAAAAAUGAUUUUCUAGCUCUGAACUUGUCUGAUCAUCCGCUUUAGGCUCUGGUGCAAGAGUUUUUGAUUAUACACUGCAGUAUUCCAGGCUUGAUUUACUGAGGUCUUCUCUCUCCAUGACAACAAUAUAUUGCCUUUCCCUUUCUAUUAUUUUUUUUAAACGCUUAAUGUGGCUUGCUUGUUUACUGCAGUGCCCUGUGUGUGAGUUUAUGUAUGUAUCUGACCUUUGUUAAUGUGAUUGGUACUUGGGCUCAAACACUGCUGAGUUCUCAGCUACUGUUCCGUUUGGUUGUGUUGUAACUCAAUGCACUGCAAAAUAUAAACUACCUGAAAAAUGUGUGGCCUUUUAGCAGCCUAAUAUCUGAAUGUAUUAAAUAGUAUUCACAGUCUCUACAUUUCUGCAGGUUUUUUUUUUUAUUAUUAUUCGUUUACACUACAGCUUUCUAAAAAGACACUAGCUCACUGUUUUUUUUUUUUUUUUUUUAUAGAAGAUAACCUUUUGGGAGACAGAAAAAGACUAUUGUUAAGCAUUCAUUCAGCCAUACUUUAACUUCGCCAAAAAUAAAUGUAAAGCAUUUUCUAAAAACCCCACUGUUUUAAAUCUCUACUCUUAUUUGGUAUUAUGCAUUUGCCAGUAUAUUGGUGAAUAUGGGCCUGAGGUCCCAAUGUUGGUAAUGGGUUUACUUUUUUUAAUACUAUGAACAAAUGCAAUAUACUUUACUAUUUUUUUUUGCUGGACAUUUCUCUUUAACUGCCUGUCUUUGUUAACUGGUGAGUAUUUAUUUUGAGUGCAUUUCUCUUCAUAGAUGAUUUUCUUAACAUUAGACCCACACCUUGAAAGUAACAAUGAUGCAUUUGAAGAACAACAACUACUGAAAACACCUAGCUUUGUCUGGUUUUUUUUGCACAAUGCUGUCAGACUUUGUAGCCCGCAAACCCAAAUUCAUUUCUGUGCAAUCCUGUUAAUUCUGUUUCUCGUCUCUUUACAAGCAUGUUUGCUGAAAAGAUUAGCACACACAUGUACCAGCUUUAAUACAGACAUGACCAUGCAGAUUCAUUUACUAAAAAUAUGAUUAUAUUUACUAAAAAUAUGAUUAUAUUUCAUUCACAGUUUUAGUAAAACCAAAAAUCAGUUUUUAAUUAAAUAGGCAGCUGAAAAAAAAAACAAACUGUUUAAUGGUACACACAUUUCAGAAAUAAAUUCCAAUUUUAAGAAUGUUACCAUAAAUGGUUUUACUGGCAGACAGUCUGUCGUGUUUGUGUGAAAUGAAACUUUGAGAAUGGGCAUAAGUUUUGAGUGUAUGGUCUUAAAUGUUGCAUGAAAUAUUAAAUAAGAAUAAAUGACUUUUUUUAUAGUUUGUGCAACCUCAGUUCUGAGGUGCAAUGGGCCAAGACGUGCAAGAUUUAAUGAGCUGUUCCCUGUAUAUAAUCUGGUGUAACCAUGUAUAUCUGCUGUAAUUGUGUGAUAUUGUGACUGCCAGUGUGACAACAUAAUUAGAGUUUGGUUUGGUUUGUUGUGUAAUAUUGUACCGUUAAACAACGCAUUGCAGGCUUAUACGCUUGACAGCCUGGUGCUAAAAAUAGCAGCAUCAGGUUUUUUUUUUUUUUUUUUCUAAUUAUAUGCUUGUGGCUUCUCAUUAGUUUCUGUGAAGUCAAGUUUGCAGCCCUGCAAUCAAUAUUAUGUAUUGUGGGUGAAAUAAAAUGUGUGCUUCUACACAAACUAUAUCAAAUUAAUUCAGACAUUUCCAGUGUUGUACUUUUGAUGUAUGUCGCUGUAAUAGAAGUGAAUACUGUAGUACGAUAGUAUACUCUUCAGGGUAAUAAAUUAGCCCUUUUUAAAAAUGAUCAUUUGAAUGAAUCUUUACAAAUGCAUCUGUGAAUGUCACCAUGCUGGAACUGUAGAAUCUCACCUGGAGGGUCAUUUCAGCAGCGUUACUGCAAGCCAAAAUACACAUGAAGUGGACAAUGCAAAGAGUAAUCAAAUAUUAUGAUGGGUCUUAAAUGCGGGUUCAUUCCUCUGAAUGUUUGUAGCAGAACUGCAUAUAUGCUUUUGAUUUCCUUUUAUGGUAACAUUAAGUGAAAACACUACAACACGUUCGGCUAGAUUCUCAGUGAGAAACUGAUCCUGAAUCAAGCCAGUGAAACGCUACCUAUUUGCAGAUGUUAAAGUUAACUGCUAGCUUCCACUGGCUUCUGAUCAUGCUUUUGGGCACCCAAAUAAGUGAAAUGAAAAAAAAACAACUACUUACUAUAUGACGUAAUUGUUAUGCACAGCAACAAUGAGUUAAAAUAUAAGGUUUUGCAUCUUGUCAAGUUUUCACUGUGUGUGAUGUAGUGAAUGCCAAGUUAGUUCUUUCUGCUUACAUCAUUGCCUGUCUCCAGAGUUUUCCAAGAAAUAAACUUGCAGCUGAUUUUAAGUCAAGUUGUAUCCUUGACUUUUUAAGGCACAAUGAAGCACUAACAGAUAAUAGUGCCGACUGGAGAACACCUCUUAAUACCUUAUCAACAGCUGCAAUGAACACUAAGUGAUGUUUGUGUACCUUUUUUAUUUUUUACAGUAUUAUUGGUAAAUGCUAUUUUGAAUAUUAGAUGUAGCUAAACUGGUUAAACAGAAUAAUAAUAAAAGGUGGUGCAUUUCAAACCCUGAUGUUAUAGUGGCAAUGGCGAUAUUAAACAGCUGUUUCACAAAUAUAUGUAUGUCUUUCUAAUAUAACCCUAUGGACCUAAACUAACGAUAUAUCAUUGUGCACAGUUUUAUUCUAGUUAUCUUGUAUGGAUUAUAUUAGAACUGGGUAUUUUGUUUGUAUGUGAAUUAUGGACAACAACAAAAAAGUGUUUUUGAGAUGAUAAUAAAUAUACAGCUUGUAUUAAUGGA